AUGAUCGCCACGCAAGCACCCGUCGACGACCCGGCCGCGGUCGCCGUCCGCGCGCUGCAGCAGGUGGGCGACGCCCCGUCCCUCGCGAGCCUCCUGCCCGAGGCGCCGGCCGCCCCCGCGGCGCCGGCCGCCCCGGCCGCGGCGCCGGCCGCCGCCGCGCCCGUGAGCGACGAGGAGCAGAAGCCGGAGAUGAGCGAGGAGGAGCGGAAGCGCCAGGCCCGGAGGGAGCGCAACCGCCUCCACGCCGUCGCCUCGCGGAAGCGCCGCCGCGAGAAGUCCGAGGCCCUCGAGGCCGAGAACGCGUCGCUCAAGGCCGAGAACGACGCGCUGCGCGCCGAGGUCCAGCGCCUCCGCGUGCAGAACGCGCGCCUCGUGGACCCCGUCAGCGUGAACGCCGCGGCGGCGAUCGUCUCGGACGCGUCGGGCCCGCUCGCCGACGAGAACGCGGCGGCGUGGCUGGGCAUGAGCGCCUAGCCCGACCGAGAUUAUUUCCUCCCCCAAGUUGCUGCUCGUAUAAUUGUUCCUACUGA